UGGAUGGGGCAGUGGAUGGGGUCAAGCUCUGGUGAUUUUUUGGAGACGGGCGCUAGCUGCAUGGAUAGCGGCAUGCAAGAGCUUCACCGUCGGCCCCCCGUUGGCUCACCACCGCCCUCGUCCUGUCUCGUCUCGUCGCAAGGGGAAGACUAUCGUUCCAGGGGCCAAGACUGCCGUCUGUGUGUUGUUUUUCUGCCUUUGCUCUACUGCAUCCCCUCUCCUUCCCCCAUGGCCUGACCAAUUCCCCGCAACAUGGCCGGCCGCUACUCGUCCCUCCCGCCGCCCACGCGCGACUCCCUCGAGCUCGCCUCGCUGGCCUCUUCUGAGCACCUCUCGCGCCGCACCUCGGAAGACUCGUCCGCCUCGGGCGCCCCGUCCUCGCGCCGCCUGUCCUUUGACGACGAGGACCCGCUGUCGGAGCUGAACCCAGCAGGCCAUGGCGACGGCCGCCCGCGACACCACCGCUCCUACAGCGUCUCGUCGGCCUUUGACUUUGCCCCGGCCCUGUUCCCGCUCUCGUCCACCGCCCAGGGCUACACGGCCCUCGGCGCCCCCUCGACCGCCGCCCUCGACCCGUCCAAUGCCCUGACCGGCGGCUCGCUCGAGAAGAACAAGACCCUGACGUACCUCAACGGCCUGUCGCUCGUCAUCGGCCUCAUCAUAGGCAGCGGCAUCUUCUCCUCGCCCUCGCAGGUCAACAAGAACGCCGGCUCGCCGGGCGCCUCGCUGCUGGUCUGGGUCGUGGCCGGCAUUCUGGCCUGGACGGGCGCCGCGAGCUAUGCCGAGCUGGGGGGCGCCAUCCCGCUGAACGGAGGCGCCCAGGUCUACCUCUCCAAGAUCUUCGGCGAGUGGGCCGGCUUCCUGUUCACCUGGUGUGCUGUCGUCGUCCUCAAGCCGGGCUCGGCAGCCAUCAUCGCCAUCAUCUUUGGAGAGUACCUCGUCCGCGCCGUCAUUGGUGCAGAGGCAGUCGACGCCAGCGCCUGGCUGUACAAGGGCGUUGCGCUGGCCGGGCUGGUAGUCGUCACGGCCCUCAAUUGCGUGUCGACCAAGCUGGGCACGAGGAGCGCCGACGUCUUCAUGUUUUUGAAGUUUGUCGUCCUGCUGGGUGUGGCUGUCAUUGGCAUUGUCGUCGCAGUCACCGGCCUCUCCUACAAGGGCAAUGCCAACGACGACUGGAAGAAGCAGGGCUGGUUCGAUAACACAAAGACCGACGUCAGCAACUGGGCUGUAGCUCUCUAUGCCGGCCUCUGGGCCUUUGACGGCUGGGAUAAUGUCAACUACGUAACCGCCGAGUUCAAGAACCCCGCCCGCGACCUCCCCCGCGUAAUCCACACAUCCCUCCCCCUCGUCAUCCUCUGCUACAUCAUGGCCAACAUAUCCUACUUCCUCGUCCUCCCCACCUCGGUCAUAGAAUCCUCAAACACCGUCGCCGUCGCCUUCGGCUCCCAAGUCUUCGGCCCAAUCGGCUCCUGCAUCCUCGCCCUCUUCGUCGCAGGCUCCUGCUUCGGCGCCCUCAACGCCACAACCUUCACCUCCAGCCGCCUCGUCCACGCCGCAGCAAAAGAAGGCUACCUACCCUCCCUCUUCGGCGACAUCGGCAUCGGAAAAUCCCACCGCGCGCUUCGCAUCCACAGUAACAACAACAAUAACAAUCAGCAAAGUAGCACACGCAUACAGAGCAAACUCCUAUCCGCCUUCGCCGACGCCGACGCAGGCUUCUUCUACACCCCCAUCGCCGCCAUGCUCCUCAACGCCCUCCUCACAGCAUCCUACAUCGCAAUCGGCUCCUUCGACACCCUCGUCACCUUCUACGGCGUCGCAGGCUACGCCUUCUACUUCCAGACCGUCCUCGGCCUCAUCGUGUUGCGUGUUAAAGAACCGGAUCUGCCCCGGCCGUAUAAAACUUGGAUCACCACCCCGAUUAUUUUCUGCUGCGUUAGUUUGUUCUUGCUUAGUCGGGCGGUUUUUGCGGAGCCCGUGCAGACGCUGCUUGUUGUUGCUUUUAUGGUUGGGGGAUUGGUGGUGUGGUUUGCGUGGGUGGGGAGGCGGAGGGGGAAGGGGAAGGGGAGGGCGAGGUUGGGCGGGGAGGAGGGCGGGUGGAGGGUUUGGAGACGGUGG